UCUACAACCACCUCUAAAUACCGUCGCGCAUACUUUCCCACCCGGUACUGUGACCUUGUGUCUCCCGAGAGACCUCCUCCAGAUGGAGCUCCAUUCAUGCGCGCUUCGGGCGACCAGGUGGUUCCCAUCUACUCUCAAUUGCACGCGUUCCCGCAUUCCGCAGUCUACGACCGAGUGCCUUCGAAAUCCCUCCCAGCGUCCAUUUUCCACAGCCGUCCCACUGCAAGCACGAAGGGAUGGUAAUAAGAACCGGGGUAUAUCGGCCAUCCGGUCUUCAGGAGCUCGAAACAUCCCAAGAGGCUCUGUGACGUUGAAGGAUGUACAGCGGCCCGUUUACAAAGACCAGUCGGAGACGGAGCUCAAUGAAAAACACGGAUUGUGGGGGUUCUUCAAUGUGGAGAGGACAGCGUUAUCCACACCGGAGCAAGAUAACAUGCAUGGCCGGGCAUGGAAGCCAUGGGAACUGAGGAAGAAGUCCUUUGAAGACUUGCAUGCAUUGUGGUGGAUAUGUAUGAAGGAGCGGAAUCGGAUAUUCACAGAACGGCACACCAGAGAAAGGCUGGAGCCGGGUUUUGGCGAAGUUGAAGCUGCGUGGAGAGAUGCUGAUGUUCGGAGGACGAUGAAGAUGAUCAAGAAGACCUUGACAGAGCGACACAAUGUCUGGACCGAUGCAUAUCAUUUGGCCCAAAAGGAUCCCGAGAUCCAGUGGAAAGAGGAUGAUGAUGGAAAUUGGAGUCCAUCUUUGAAAUCUCCUGCGGCAUUUGGCUAUGAGGAUGUUGAAUCAGAAGCAAGCAAGGAUGCAUCCAGCUCCGGGGAUCUGGAAGGAGAAACGGAUAAGUUGGCUCCUAACCAAGCGCAGGAGGAUUCAACAGCUGGGAAGUCCAGGCCUCGGAAUUUGCUAUAGGCUGUUCGGGGAUGAAUUGCUGAGAAACUGUACGAUAUAUGUAUGAGAUGUUCUAUAUCCCCCAGGCAUGGGUUGACAUUGUACAAAUCGAAGCUGUCGGGAGGUUAACAGAACGGUGAAGGAAGGGUUAAGCCGUGCACAUACUCGGAAUAUCUUACCCUGUAGAUGCACGAUUGCCUAAGUUUGAACAUAGGAUAACUCUCCAUCAUAGCUAAUUAACCCAUGAUCAUCAGGCCUUCCCACACAUUUAAAACAAAGCGAG